AUGUGGUUGUUUUUACAAGAACUAUGCGAACAAAUUAUUUUUAAAAAAUUGUUGGUUCUUAAACUACAUUUGGAUUUUGAAAUCGGUGCCCAUGAAGCGGCAAAAGAAGUUUUCCCCAACAUCGAAAUAGAUGCAUGUCGUUUUCACUUAGGACAGUCUUGGUGGCGCAAAAUUAAUUCUGAAAAAGAACUUCGCUUGGCCUACACUAAAAACUCCGAUUUGGGAAAAUGGUUAAAACUUUUUUUUGGAUUACCAUUUUUACCUUUUCAAGAUAUCCAAAAUGCGUUUGGUGAACUCAUAUCAAUUUGUCCCGAUUUAAAUAUUGGAUGUUUGUUUUCUGACUACAUUUUAAAUACAUACGUGGAGAAUGGUUGUUUAUUUCCACCGGAAGUUUGGGCACAAGAGCCAUCCGAAAAUCCCCGUACGACAAACGGAUCUGAAAGUUUUCAUCGAACUUACAACGCUCAAUUUCAUAGCUCCCAUCCUUCCGUCCAUGUAGUUAUUUCAAUUCUAAAAGAAACGCAAGAGGAAACAUGUACCAAAAUUCAAUCAGUAUUUAAAGGUCGGAUUAAAAAAAUGGAAAAUUCUGAUUUAAAUCGUAUAAAAAAAGCCAUGAAAGAAUAUAACAAGUACAAAAUUCAUAAAAAUAUUAUAACAUAUUUGUCAAAAAUUUGUUAUAUAAGUGGUACCAAGGUAUAA